AUCCGCGUCACCAGCGACCGCAUGCUCCGCGUCACCCAGGUGGACAGCGAGGAGGAGCUGGAGAAGUUCAGCCUGUGGAACGUGGUCUUCUCCUUCCUGAGGGGCAAACUCAACGACACCAGCAUCGAUGUGGACCUCUACAGCAACAAAACCUGCCUGAAGGUCGAGCUGCUGGAGCCUGGCACCAACUACAAAGUCAUCCUCUUGCGACGUUUCGAUCCUAAGCUGCUCCUUGUUUUCUUCCUGGGCCUGCUGUUGUUUUUUUGUGGGGACACUCUGAGCAGGAGCCAAAUCUUUUACUACUCAGCUGGGAUCAGUGUUGGCUUGUUGGCCUCUCUGCUUGUCCUUGUCUACAUGAUGUCCAAAGUCAUGCCCAAGAAAAGCCCUGUGUACUUCCUGCUGAUUGGAGGUUGGUCCUUUUCCCUGUACCUGCUUCAGCUGAUCUUCAAGAACCUGCAGGAGAUCUGCAAGUCCUACUGGCAGUACCUGUUGGGUUACCUGCUCUCUGUGGGCCUCCUGAGCUUCGCCGUGUGCUACAGGUACGGCCCCUUGGAGAACGAGCGCAGCAUCAACCUCCUGUCCUGGGCCCUGCAGCUCCUGGGGCUGCUGCUCAUCUACUCAGGCAUCCAGAUCCACCCCAUCGCCUUGGGCCUCGUGCUGGUGGCUUUCUGCACCAAGAACCUGGAUUACCCCUUGCAGUGGGCGUUUGCUGCCUACAG